AUGACAGAGGAGAUCUUGAGAAAGCCGUUCCGCCUGCCCUGCGAAGUGGUCCUGCCCAAUCGGAUUUGCAAAACGGCCACGUCGGAGCAUUUGGCGCAUCCCAUCACUGGAGAGCCACUGAAGGCCAUGGUGGAACUCUACCGCGCCUGGGCCGAGGGCGGCAGCGGGUUGAUCAUCACCGGCAAUGUCAUGGUAGAUGAGCACCUUGAGGGCCCCGGCAACGUGAUCUGCCGAAGCACUACGCCCUCAGCGAUUUGGCGAGAAUGGGCAGAGGCCAGCAAGACAUGCCGCAAAGGCAGCCAGGAGCGACCAGUCGCCAUCGUGCAGUUGUCCCAUCCAGGACGUCAAAGCCCACCCUCCGUGAGCCUCCGGCGCCCGGUGGCACCUUCCAACGUGCCCUUUCGACUCCCUGGGGUUGGCAUCCAACUUUUCCGCAGCCCGAGGACCCUGACAACGGAGGAGGUCAAAGCACUUCCCACGAAGUUUGCCAAUGCCGCGGCGCUCGCGGUUGCCGCCGGCUUUGACGGUGUCCAGAUUCAUGCUGCGCACGGAUAUCUGCUGUCGCAGUUCUUGUCGCCCCACACCAACCGCCGCAGCGACUCCUAUGGCGGAAGUGCCGCGAAUCGGAGGCGUUUGUUGUUGGAGAUCCUGGCGGCCAUUCGCAUCGCUUCUCAGCUGUUGGUGACCCCUUGGGCCUUCAUCGAGAGGCCGUUGGAACCAGGCGCGUGUUGUCUGUCAAGGCGCGAGGGAAAUUAG